UUACAUAACCGAAUCAAAUUAAAUGAAAAAACGAACAUCGCUAUUUGUCUCAUCCGGGCUCUUCCCUAUCUAUGUAUGCGAACCUGGUAAUAUGCUAAGCUAUAACAAAUAACGCCAUAGGACAAAACUUUUGAGAUAUCUUCCAUGGAAUCUCUGCAAAUCCCACAUCAACCUCCCAUGGCCAUGAGACAAGUACCAGUAGAUGCUUCUCAACCGGCUUCUAGGGUUCAACCGCACCACCACCGCAACCGUGCAAACCAUCAGCAAACCGCUAGCCCGAUAAGGCAAUUCAAGCCUUCCAUCCUGACAAGACUCCACGCCGGCUACUUUCGUAUCAGCCUCUCCCUCGCAAGCCAGGCUUUGCUCCUGAAGAUGCUCACCCAACCCGCAGCCGGUAAUUCAUCCUCAAACCCUCCACCUCUUGGUCACUUUCUCCGCUCGGAUGGGCCCUUCCGUUCCAUCUCCUUGCUCUUUUUCUGGCUUCUUGCUCUGGUAGCACAGGUGCUGCUCUCGGCUCUCUACGCUCUCCGAUGCUGCUUCCACUUCCAACUGGUCAGGGCCGAGUUCUUCCACCAUGUUGGUGUCAACUACCUCUUCGCCCCGUGGAUCUCAUGGCUUGUGCUUCUCCUGUCCUCCCCAACCGCCAUAUCAGAGAUUAAAGCACCAUACCUGGCACUAUGGUGGGCCUUUGCCAUCCCGGUGGUCUUGCUCGACGUGAAGAUCUAUGGCCAGUGGUUCACCACCGAGAAGCGGUUCUUGUCGAUGGUGGCAAACCCCACCAGCCUGAUCUCGGUGAUCGGGAACCUGGUGGGCUCCAGGGCAGCCUCUAGAGUGGGAUGGAAGGAGAGUGCAGUUUGCCUGUUCUCUCUCGGGAUGGCACAUUACCUGGUGCUCUUCGUCACACUCUACCAGCGGCUGUCCGGGGGAGACCGACUCCCCGCAAUGCUGCGGCCCGUGUUCUUCCUCUUCUUUGCCGCACCGAGCAUGGCGAGCCUUGCCUGGAACUCCAUCUCGGGCACUUUCGAUACUGGGUCGAAGAUGCUUUUCUUCCUCUCCCUAUUCCUCUUCGCAUCUCUGGCUUGCAGGCCAGCACUAUUCAAGAAAUCAAUGAGGAAGUUCAAUGUGGCAUGGUGGGCGUACUCGUUCCCCCUCACCUUUCUUGCCCUGGCCUCGGCCGAGUACGCGCAGGAGGUUAAAGGAACCAUGGCGUCCGUGCUGAUGCUUGUGCUGUCGGCCCUGUCCUUCCUCGUCUUCCUCGGGUUGAUGCUUCUCACCGUCCUCAAUACACAUAGGAUUCUUCGGGAAGAUGAUCCAAUUCUACGCUUCGAUAAAGAUAGAUCUAGGAAUUAAUAACUUAGAAAGAGAGGGCAUCAUAUAUACAUAUAUACAUAUAUAUAGUAUGGUGUAUGGAUUAUAUAUAUAGCUAAUGAGUCGUCAAUGACGUAAGUAUGUUCUCGCAGUUUCUAGAUGUUUCUUCUAUCUAUUUUAAUAAAAUACAGGGCAAUGUAUAUUGCCUUGGCCAAUGGCUAGUAAGCAGAUACGAAA